GAGGCCUGCGGGAGCGGCCAUGGCGCGCUGCAGGGCCGAGCUGGGCAGGCCGUGUCGCCCCCCGACCUGCGGCCCGCGGGAGCCGCGCUCACUCGCGACCCCAGCCCACUUCCCCCCGGCGCCGCGGCGGCCGUUGGGAGCGGGAGACCCGCGGUGUCCUCGUCGCCCUGGGGGUUUCGGGGGCCGCGGAGGAAGCCGUGUAAGGGGAGGGGGGCGACCCAGCCGGCACUGAGCUCCUGAGCCUCCUCACCCCCAUCCUGUCCCCGACUUUGGGGUGUCUGGGGAGUCAGGAAGCUCUCAUCUUUGUAUAGGUUGGCAAGGGUUUCAGAACCCGCCGCCGCCGGCAGCCCGUCCUGGGCUUCUCCCCAGCCUGCCCAGCAGGUAGCAGUGAGGGGUGAGCGGGUCUCCCCGGAGCUGGUCUAGAGUGGAAAGCAGCUGUGCUUUUACAGCCACCGUCGGGGAGGGUGCAGAGGGGGUUGCUGUUUGCCUUGGGAUCGGUCUGUCAGUGUCCCCCCCAACCCCCCAUUGCUGGAUUCGGAGCAAGUUCACCGACCAAGGAGUUCUCCCUGUGUGAGAGGCGGCUCUGUGCUGACGGCUCCUGCCCUGCCGUGUAGUGCUGUGAUUGGCCACAUUUUACAGCUGAGAAACGGAGGCAAAGCAUAAAUAACGCACCAACUCAAUGCAGCUAUUAAAGUGGCUGAGCUAGGAUUUGAACUCUGGACAGGCAGCUUCCAGGCUCUGCUUCCUUGCCUUUCAGGGUAGAGCUAUAAUUAAAGCUUCUGAGGGUGGUGCGUAUGUGCUACUUAACAGGAAAAAUGUUUUAAAUGUAGUGUGUUUUCCUUAGUAACUAGAAAAACUUCAGGCUCUGGUAAUAUUUAAAGGGCAUCAUCCGUUAUUGUCACGAUUUGCUGAUGGCUUGGAAAAGAAAACUUGCAGGUUGUUUGAAUUCUCUUGGUUGUGACUCACUAAAUAUGCGAGUGUACAUUAGAUAAUUGAACACCCCUUGGGAACUGGAUUUUCCUGAAUUAGAGCUCUUUCUUCUGUAGGCAGUACAUCUGUAGUACUUGGGAAAGUGUUUGAUCAGUCAGCACGGCUUGUGUGAGAGCCUGGCAGUGGACAGAUCGGCAGGAUGGUCGCCCAUUUCUCUCUCUCUUUUUUGGUCUUUUCCUAGCAGCUGCAUGACUUUGGCUCUCAAGAUCCUCUUCCCACAAAGGCUCCGUGCCCUUGUCCGCGAAGAGCUGUGCCUGUUCCGAGACCAACGCCACCGGCCCCACAUCAGACAGUUCAGCUGCUGGUUGGAAGCAGGUCUUCAUGGGCACCGCCUCCUCCAGGGAAGCAGGCCUGUUCUGUCCUUUGGGGGAGGCCCUCUAAGACCACGUGCCACCUGCCUGGUUUUCCCGUCUGGGUCGCAUGUGGGACUGUGCAGUGGCCCCUGGGAGAUGGCUGAGCAACGGUUCUGCGUGGACUACGCCAAGCGUGGCACAGCUGGCUGCAAAAAAUGCAAGGAAAAGAUCGUGAAGGGCGUUUGCCGAAUUGGCAAAGUGGUCCCCAAUCCCUUCUCAGAAUCCGGAGGGGAGAUGAAAGAGUGGUACCACAUUAAAUGCAUGUUUGAGAAGCUGGAGCGCGCCCGGGCCACGACCAAAAAAAUCGAGGACCUCACAGAGCUGGAAGGCUGGGAAGAGCUGGAAGACAACGAGAAGGAGCAGAUAGCCCAGCACAUCGCAGAUCUGUCUUCCAAGGCAACAGGCACACCAAAGAAGAAAGCUGUUGUCCAGGCUACGUUGACAUCCACUGGCCAGGUGUCGUCCCCUGUCAAAGGCACCUCUUUUGCAACCAACACCAAUCCCCGGAAAUUUUCUGGCUUUUCAGCCGCUAAACCCAACAGUUCUGGGCCUCAAAGCUCCUCCAGCCCUUCCCUUAAGGCAAGUCUCUCCUCAAGCAAAUGUGACCCCAAGCACAAGGAUUGUCUGCUGAGGGAGUUUCGGAAGUUGUGUGCCACAGUCGCUGAAAACCCCAGCUACAAUUCCAAGACCCAGAUCAUCCAGGACUUUCUGCGGAAAGGCUCGACAGGAGGUGGUUUCCAUGGUGACACGUAUCUGACAGUGAAGCUCCUGCUGCCGGGUGUCAUUAAGAGUGUUUACAACUUAAACGAUAAGCAGAUUGUGAAGCUCUUCAGCCGCAUUUUUAACUGUAACCCGGAUGAUAUGGCACGGGACCUAGAGCAGGGUGACGUGUCAGAGACGAUCAGAGUCUUCUUUGAGCAGAGCAAGUCUUUCCCCCCAGCUUCCAAGAGCCUCCUUACCAUCCAGGAAGUGGAUGAAUUCCUCUUGCGACUCUCCAAGCUCACCAAAGAGGAUGAGCAACAACAGGCCCUCCAGGACAUCGCCUCCAGGUGUACAGCCAAUGACCUGAAGUGCAUCAUCAGGUUGAUCAAACAUGACCUGAAAAUGAACGCAGGUGCCAAGCAUGUGUUAGAUGCUCUUGACCCCAAUGCCUACGAAGCCUUCAAAGCCUCACGCAACCUGCAGGACGUAGUGGAGCGGGUCCUGCACAACGAGCAGGAGGUGGAGAAGGAGCCAGGCCGCAAACGGGCUCUGAGCGUGCAGGCCUCGCUGAUGACGCCUGUGCAGCCCAUGCUGGCUGAGGCCUGCAAGUCCAUUGAGUACGCGAUGAAGAAGUGCCCCAAUGGCAUGUUCUCCGAGAUCAAGUAUGACGGCGAGCGGGUGCAGGUGCAUAAGAAUGGUGACCACUUCAGCUACUUCAGCCGCAGUCUGAAGCCCGUCCUGCCUCACAAGGUGGCCCACUUUAAGGACUACAUCCCAAAGGCCUUUCCUGGGGGCCACAGCAUGAUACUAGACUCGGAGGUGCUCCUGAUUGACAACAAUACAGGAAAACCACUGCCCUUUGGGACUCUGGGAGUGCACAAGAAAGCCGCCUUCCAAGAUGCUAAUGUCUGCCUAUUUGUGUUUGACUGUAUCUACUUCAAUGAUGUCAGUUUGAUGGAUCGACCUCUGUGUGAGCGUCGGAAGUUUCUUCAUGACAACAUGGUUGAAAUUCCCAACAGGAUCAUGUUCUCAGAAAUGAAACAAGUCACAAAAGCUUCAGACCUGGCCGACAUGAUCAACCGAGUGAUCCGGGAGGGCUUGGAAGGGCUGGUGCUGAAGGAUGUGAAGGGUACAUACGAGCCUGGGAAGCGGCACUGGCUGAAAGUGAAGAAGGACUAUCUGAAUGAGGGUGCCAUGGCUGACACGGCUGACCUCGUCGUCCUGGGGGCCUUCUAUGGGCAGGGAAGCAAAGGUGGCAUGAUGUCAAUCUUCCUCAUGGGCUGCUAUGAUCCCGGCAGCCAGAAGUGGUGCACAGUCACUAAGUGUGCAGGAGGCCAUGAUGAUGCGACUCUUGCCCGCCUGCAGAAAGAACUGGAUAUGGUAAAGAUAAGCAAGGAUCCCAGCAAAAUACCCAGCUGGCUGAAGAUCAACAAGAUCUACUACCCUGAUUUCAUUGUCCCAGACCCAAAGAAAGCUGCGGUGUGGGAGAUCACAGGGGCUGAAUUCUCCAAGUCUGAAGCUCACACAGCUGAUGGGAUCUCCAUCAGAUUCCCUCGCUGCACACGAAUCCGCGAUGAUAAGGACUGGAAAUCUGCCACGAACCUCCUUCAACUCAAGGAGCUGUAUCAGUUGUCCAAGGAGAAAGCCGACUUCACCGUAGUGGCUGGAGAUGAAGGGCAUUCCACUACAGGGGGCAGUAAUGGCGAGAAUGGUGACACCUCAGGGCCUGCUGUGUCCCGCAAACCCUCUACCAGUGCCAAGAAGACUGGAGGGAAGCAGAGUGAUGCCAACAGCAAAGGUGGUAACAUGACGGCCACAAAGCAUUCUCCUGUGAAAACGGCAGAGAAGCCAGCCAGGAAGUCUUCCCCAGUGAAAGUAGGACAGAAGCGGAAAGCUCCUGAGGAGACCCCAUGCCAAGCGAAGGUGCUGUUGCUGGACAUCUUCACUGGGGUGCGGCUCUACCUGCCUCCCUCCACGCCAGACUUCAGCCGUCUCAGACGCUACUUUGUGGCAUUCAACGGAGACUUGGUACAAGAAUUUGACAUAGCUUCAGCCACACACGUGUUGGAUAGCAGGGACAAGAAUGCUGAGGCCCAGCUUGUCUCCCCAGAGUGGAUUUGGGCGUGUAUCCGGAAACGGAGACUGGUACCUCCCUGCUAGGGCUGUGCUCAGGCACAAGGCAGGGAGACAGAGGAACAGAGAAGGGGAUGGGCUUUCUUCUGCAAGUAGUGUGUCUUCCAAAACCCACCAACAGACUAUUCGUGGUCAUUGCUGAACCAAGAAUUAGCUGCUGUGGGUACCUCAGGCGCAGUCAGCUUCUCUGGCUGGCUUCAGUAGAUCUUUCAGAUCUGGGUGCUGGCUUUGUCAUCUUUUUGUUUUCUUUAAAAAGAUGCUUAGUUAUUUUUUAUAAAUAAAAUACUCUGCAGAAUUACUGUCCCCAUCCCCUGUAACAUUCCUAGCCAUUAAGGAGUGACGGCAAGGUACGGAAGCUCUGUCCACCAGUCUCCUUGCCUCCUGUUUUACUUCCAGGCUCAUUUUAAAGUUCUGUUUCAAAGACUGCCCUCAGAAAUGCUGCUACUGAUUUGGCAAAACUUGUAUUCAGCCUGGCCUGUUUGUUUGUUUGUUUUUGCCAGGAACAAGCCCUCAUUUUAAAGAAAACAAAAUGAAA